CAACACUUGAAGUUGAAGUGUGUAAAAUUCAUUCCCUUCUCUCGAUGGAGGCAAAGUCACUGCUCAAGGGUUCAUCACUUAAACCUUCUUAUCCCAUCCAUAAGCUUUCAAAAACCACGAUGAUGACACCCAACUGCGUUAGAUUCAGUUUCAACUACAACUCAUGCCUCAUAUUCGCAAAUGGGUACCCUUCUUCUUCACUUCCACUUUCUCUUCAGAAUAAGCCCAGAAAAUCGGCAUCAGUGGUUGUGAGUGCCCGAAGGAAAGACAAGAAAGAAGAUACCCAUAGCUCUGUUCCCAAACCCGACGAGGUCACUGGUUUCUUCCCCGAAGCUGUGCUUCUUAAAAAGAGAACAGUUGAGGAAGAAGGGAAGCUUCUCCCGGAGUUUGAAGAUGCUGAUGAAAGAGAACUCUUUGAAGCGCUGAUGCUUGAGCUGGAUAGUGAUAUGGAUGUUGAUAUAUUGCGCCACUAUGAGGUUAUGUACUUAAUUCAUGAGAAGCAUGAAGAGGAGGUUGUAGCUGUCAAUGAGAAAAUUCAAGACUUUUUGAGGGAGAAGAAAGGUCAGGUUUGGAGAUUGAAUGAUUGGGGUAUGAGAAGGCUAGCUUACAAAAUAAAAAAAGCUAACAAUGCCCACUACAUGUUGAUAAACUUUGAGUUGGAUGCCAAAUAUAUCAACGAUUUCAAGACUCUGUUGGACCAAGAUGAAAGAGUUAUUCGGCAUCUGGUGAUAAAGAGGGAUGAGGCAAUCACUGAAGAUUGCCCUCCUCCUCCGGAUUUUCAUACACUGCGUGGAAAUGCAGAUGAUGAUGAGGACGAAGAAUUUGAUGAAGAUUAUGAUGGUGACUGGGAUGGUGAAGAUGAGGAGGAUGGCGAUGAAGGCGAGGAUGAUAUUAUUUUUGUAGAUGGUGAUGAAGAUGAUAUAGAUUCUAGAAAACAGACAUCAGCAAAUGUUAGACAACCAGAUAUAAGAAAAUUGAGGGCUGAGAACGUAAGUAGGUAAGUGGAUGUUAUCUUAUAUCCUUUGAUUCUUUUGUUCAUUUGUUUCCAUAGGAAUGCAGAGCAGUUCUAAACUUUAUGGCUCUAACUAUAGGAAUAUCUAAGUAACUAGAGUUUCUUGUUUGCUUAUAUGGUCAUAUAUAAAAUGUUUGUGUGAUGAAUAGCAAGGGGUAGCUGAUACCAGCAAACACAGAAAAUGAAAAAGAUUCGCAAUGUGAAAUUCAUACAAGGAAUGAGUAUUUUUUUUUUAUCAAUGUUAA